UUCACGGCUGGAUGGAAAUUAGCAAAAAAAUUUAAGCACACAUUCACACGGCUAUAGCAAACUAUGGGAUGAAUGAAGAGGUGUUGUCAGCAUAUGGAUUCACUAAGGGGUUGCUAUCACGAGGAGAAGGGUGCAUUUCAUUUUAUAUUUUAUUCAAUUGUAAGAGAAUGAGGCACACACCAAAACAUCACAUGCGUUUGGUAUCAAAGGGGCCACCACCCAGUUUUAUUCUGAACAUUCUCCACUCAAGUUUUGUGUUGGCAUUUAGUUGGAUCUUUGGGAGCAAUUCACGUACAAAAGGGAGGAGCUCCAUGCUGCAAGAUUCUGAUCUCUCUGCUUCAUCCACUACACACAAGCUUUCAUCCUUCCAUUGGUAAAAAGAACACACGGCCCUUGGACAAAUAUGGAUCAGCAAAAUAUAUGAAGGGAUAAAAAGCGGGAGCAGCGACUGAAGGGAAUAUUAUCCUCACUGAAAAGCCUGGCAGAGGACAUGGAAAGGGGGCCAUGACUGAACGGAAGAGAUGGCUCAUAGCUGGUUGGUUUUCCUUUUAAAAAGGAAGAGACACAUAAGGAUGGAGGUUACACUCUGAGUCUGGAGACUACUCUUAGUGACAGAACUCAAGAUAUACACUUCUCGGAGGAACUAUCUCAAUCACGCUUUGCUCUUGAUCUUUGGAACGUUGUUUUUGGAAACAAGAGGUCUGCAUCCAGCAUGGGGAGGAAGGAGAAAUCGAAUAGUCCAGCCGUGACGUAACUCUUAGUUGCAGUGAUCUCACUUGGAACAUUUUCUUGGGGAGCUUGGAAGAGUUGGUGUGCAUGUUGUCUUCUCUGGAAGUGGAUUCAGCACUUCACCAUUGAGUACUCUCUACCCUUUUGAUUCCAAAGCUGACAUGGUCACAUUGUUUAGCAUUAGAUGUUUCCCUUAUUUUCUUACAUCCUGUUUUCAUGCUUCUUGAUUAACUGUAAUGUUGUUUUGAUGAAUGAAUGAUAGAGAACAAUUGGAUUUUAUCUGCAUUUAGUAAAAGAAAUCUGUCCAGCAGUCACCUUGGUUUUUCCUUGAGCAAUUUGACUAAAUAAUUGAGUAAUAUAUCUAGUUGAGAAACAAGAGAAAUGUAUCUUGCCACCCCUGAGAUGUACACGUCCAACUGCUAUAACCAAACUCCUGUGUAAAAGUGCAGCAGUUACUGCAUUCCACGGUUUGCUGCCCCAUUUUUAGAAGUUCAUUUCCUUUAACUUGGUUCUCUUGGAUUUACUGUGAUGCAGGUUAUUAAGGUAGUUCUCGGUACAUUGUCAUUUCCAGCAGCAAGAUUUUAUUUCUUUUGGUUUGUUAGAUGAUUGAGGAGUGUAGGUGCUGUAAUUUGCAAGGGUCUUAAAAAAAAUCCUUUUUCUAGUUAUUUUCUUUGGUUAGUUCAAGUCUGCACCACCUUGCUGUUUUCAGAGAUUUAAUAAUGCAUGGCUGUUUAAAGAAUGUUGUUUACGGUGAUGGAGAAAUGUUGGGCAGGGACAUUGAAUUGGAAGGGCAGCUGGUCCCAUGUUUGAAAAGAAGGAAGGAGUAGGUGUUUGGCAAUGGAGGAAUGGUGUGUUGCCACGUCCAGUAGUGGAAAGAAGAAGUUGGUUUUGGCUUCUUCACUUCAUGCUUUCACGUGAUGGAGAUGUAUGGCUAGAAGACUUUAGCAUUCAUUUUAAUUUAUUGUUUAACCAUAGGUGAAGAAAGGUGUGUUUACGUGUGGAAGAAAGGAAAGAAAGGAGAAUGUUGUUUUGUCUUUAGUGAAGUAAGGAGAAGGAGGUGUAUUGCUUGGCCUAGGAAAAGCCACGUAGAAAGCUAGCCAUUUUACUUUGGAUUUGGCACCAAAAGUGAGAGGCACGGUUUACGGUGGUAGAAGAAAUUCCAAAUUCACUUUCUUCUUCAUUUACGUGAAUGAAUUGCUUUUCAAUUAAGAAAGAAAGAAAAAUUUUAAUUUUCAAUUUAAUUUAAUUUACUUUUCCACAUUCAAAAACAAACAUUCAAAACCCCCCUUUCGUGUGUGAUCUGAAACUGAACCGCAAUGUUGGUCCUUGAGAGACGACCUAGGAGUCACAUCCUAGCUAUGCUGCAUUCUUAAUUGUGCAAUCAAAUUUGUAUGCGGUGCGACCCGUAUCAGCAUGCAGAUGAGAGAACAACUGAUGGGCUGCUUCGUCAUCCAGCUGAUUCAAAGCAAUGGAAAAUUAUUGAUCAAGAAUUCCCCCAAUUUGGUGAAGAAUGUAGAAAUCUUAGGUUUGGCUUAGCUACUGAUGGAAUGAAUCCAUUUGGUAAUUUAAGUACCAAUCACAGUUGUUGGCCCGUUAUACUGAUAAUUUACAACUUAUCUCCUGGAUUGUGCAUGAAAAGAAAGUACAUGAUGUUGUCAAUGUUGAUAUCUGGUCCAAAGCAGCCUGGAAAUGACAUCGAUGUUUAUCUAAGGCCACUAGUUGAAGACUUGAAGUUGUUGUGGGUUGAUGGGGUUGAAAUAUUUGAUGCCUUUGCUUCAGAAACUUUCAUGAUGCAUGCCAUGUUAUUUUGCACCAUUAAUGACUUCCCAGCUUACGGUAAUUUGUCGGGGUACAGUGUGAAGGGUCAUAAAGCAUGUCCUAUAUGUGAAGAAAACACUGCAGCUCAACAAUUAAAACACGGAAGGAAGACAGUGUAUAUGCGUCAUCGGCGAUUUUUACAAUCUAAUCAUCCAUAUCGAAGGUUAAAGAAAGCAUUCAAUGGAGAACAAGAAAAAGACAAUGCACCCAUUCCACUUACUGGACUUGAAGUUGCUGAGAAAGUUAAUAAAGUACAUCAUAUAUUUGGGAAAACGUCGAAGAAGUCUUCUGUAACGACCCCUUGGAAGAAGAAAUCAAUAUUCUUUGAUCUUCCAUAUUGGUCAAAGUUAGAUGUUAGACAUUGCAUAGAUGUCAUGCAUGUUGAGAAAAAUGUCUGUGAUAGCUUGAUUGGUACACUACUAAACAUCCAGGGAAAAACAAAAGAUGGAGUGAAUGCGCGUUUGGAUUUGGUUGACAUGAAGAUCCGAGAAGAGUUGGCACCAAGAGAGAUUGGUAAACGUACUUAUUUGCCCCCUGCAUGUUACACAAUGUCCAAACAAGAGAAGAUAAGUUUUUGUCUUUGUUUAAAGAGUAUCAAGGUACCACAAGGAUACUCUUCAAAUUUCAAGAGCUUAGUGUCAAUGCAGGACUUAAAGCUUGUUGGACUGAAGUCUCACGAUUGCCACGUCUUAAUGCAACAGUUGUUACCAGUGGCAAUUCGUGGAAUUUUGCCUAAAAAAGUUAGGCUGACCAUAACUCGAUUGUGCUCAUUUUUCUCGUCAAUUUGUAGUAAAGUCAUCGAUCCUACAAAGUUAGAUGAACUUCAAAGCGAAAUUAUCAUCAUCUUGUGUCAACUAGAAAUGUUUUUCCCUCCAUCCUUUUUUGACAUCAUGGUGCAUUUACUUGUUCAUUUGAUCAGAGAAAUAAAGUUGUGUGGACCAGUAUACUUAAGAUGGAUGUAUCCUAUUGAGCGUUAUAUGAAGAUUUUGAAAGGGUACGUCAAAAAUCAAUAUCGUCCAGAAGGUUCGAUGAUUGAAAGAUAUAUUGCUGAAGAAAGUAUUGAGUUUUGCUCUGAGUAUAUGACUAAAGCAAAUCCGAUAGGAGUCCCUCGGACAUCAUGGUUGAGUAGAUAUUCUACAAGUAAAAGCAUCCGAGGUGUGAAUGUGGUGACGAAAAGUCGUGAAGAAUUGAUGCAAGCACAUUUGUACAUAUUAAACAACACAGAUGAAGUGAUCCCAUUUUUGGAAGCACAUAAAGCCGUUGUAAGGAACAACUAUCCACGACAAUCAGAGAAAUGGCAGUUGAUGGAGCAUAACAGAACAUUCUUGUACUGGUUCAAAUCUGAAGUUUCGAAAGAAUCAUGGUCCUCUGAGACUUUGUUGUGGUUAGCAAAUGGCUUGAAGUUUGAUGUUGUAUGUUGUACAGGCUACGAAAUUAAUAAUUGCACAUUCUAUACAAAAACUUUGGAUGAUAAAAGCACAGUACAAAAUAGUGGCGUCAGUCUAGAAGCUGAGUCACUACAGUUUUCAACAUCCAAAGAUCAAAAUCCUAUAGUUGGAUCCAUGAGAUACUAUGGUAGAAUUGAAGAGAUAUUUGAAGUUGAUUACACUAAGUUUUCCGUUGCACUCUUCAAAUGUAAGUGGGUAGACAAUAAGAGUGGUGUCAAAAUAGAUGAAUCUGGUAUGACACUUGUUGAUUUUCGAAAGGUUGGUUAUAGAGACGAACCGUUCAUCAUGGCAUAUCAAGCAAGUCAGGUUUUUUAUGUCAAAGAUCCUGCGUCUGACCAUUGGUAUGUUGCUCUCCAAGGAAAAAGGCAAAUUGAAGAUAAAGAAGAGAAUAUAAGUAAUCUUCAUAUCGCUGACAGCCAUCCAUUUAAAACGACAAUAAAUUUGGAUGACGACCCUCUAAUUGAUGACAUACAAGCAAUACGAGAAGAUCACAAUGAAGGAAUAUAUAUAUGACCAAUCCAUAUGAUUAUAUAUAUGGCUGAGUCACCUCAUUCGUCAGGCGAUGAAGUCCCCACCACUUCUAGACGGACGAGAGGAGCAACGAGGUUACGACAGCUUAUACUUAGAAGAAAUGCAGGUGAGAG